CUCAAAGAAGAAGAACGUAAUUCGCUAACGCCGUAUUUUCGAAAUGGCAUAUCUCGAGUUCAAGUUUGAGGACGAAAUUACUAAAUAUAUUCGGGAACAAGAAUUGGCAACGUCACUGAAAUUCGUAAUAUUGGGAAAGGACAAAAGUUUUGGACAAAAGGAUGCACAGCCUUUGGCACGGAAAAAACUCAGCUGGGAGAGUAAAAGUAUCCCGUUCAAUGGUGUUCCGUUUCAAGUUGUUGGCACAAAGACGUAUGAAUGCCACCAGGGCAAAGACAGACAGACAAAAGCCAAAGAGAAAUAUGCUGCUGAAAGAGACAAGAAGGAACUUGAAGACCAUGCCUUUGUAAAGAGACGGAAACUGGUACAAAAUACCAAAAAGGUGGACUGCAAGGCUAUAAUAAACAUCGCCCACGUUAUUCGCUUUCCUGAUUUUAAGAUUGAGGAAGGUACAGUGCGCUCUAAAAAGGAGGCCUCCCAAACUCUGAAGGCAGCACUAAGUGAAACACCCAGCUCCGUGAAGGCAGAGGUUGUCUACUGCGUCAGGUUCCCCUCCCUCUCUGAGCACAGCUCACAUGCAGUUGUUGGCGAGGCAGCUCAUGUUAGGGAAGCUGUAGAUGCCAGGCUGAGAGAGAAGAUUGAGCAGCUGACUCUGUCUGGUGUGAGAAAGAUGACUGAAAUGAAGUGUCAUCUGAACACCUUUGUAGUGGAAGAGCUUUUCCAUGGAGAGCAGCCCCCUCCACCUACUCGCAGGCGCUAUUACCCCACUGACAGUGACAUAAGAAAUGUCAUGUUUAAGACCAAGCGGGCCACCGGAGACUCCAACAUUGACCGUCCAUACGAAGGUCCAUCUGGAAGAGGAAAGAAGAGGUCCUCUAGGAAGCUGUUGCGGUUACGGAGGCAAUGUGCAGGAUAUCUUAAAGAGAUCACAGAACUCACUUAUCAUCUCCAAGAGGAACAGUACGUGACUGACCUGUCUUCACAGCUCAGAAGUGUGCUGCUGGAUAUGAAGGCCCAUGUUCCACAGGAUAAAGACCUUCCACUGACCUUUUCUCCAAGGAAGAGAAAAGCUGAGAUGGACAUGGACCUCAUUCCAACCAAGAGUGCAUCACACCCUUUCAUAGAUGGGUUAGAACAGCAUACAGAGGACAUAGUGAGUGUGGAUACCUUGUUGGCAUUGAGCCUAGGUUAGUAGGGCUGAGUGGAUACCUUGUUGGCAUUGAGCCUAGGUUAGUAGGGCUGAGUGGAUACCUUGUUGGCAUUGAGCCUAGGUUAGUAGGGCUGAGUGGAUACCUUGUUGGCAUUGAGCCUAGGUUAGUAGGGCUGCGUGGAUACCUUGUUGGCAUUGACCCUAGGGUAGUAGGGCUGAGUGGAUACCUUGUUGGCAUUGAGCCUAGGUUAGUAGGGCUGCGUGGAUACCUUGUUGGCAUUGACCCUAGGGUAGUAGGGCUGAGUGGAUACCUUGUUGGUAUUGAGCCUAGGUUAGUGGGGCUGAGUGGAUACCUUGUUGGCAUUGAGCCUAGGGUAGUAGGGCUGAGUGGAUACCUUGUUGGCAUUGAGCCUAGGUUAGUAGGGCUGUGUGGAUACCUUGUUGGUAUUGAGCCUAGGUUAGUAGGGCUGAGUGGAUACCUUGUUGGUAUUUAGCCUAGGUUAGUAGGGCUGAGUGGAUAUGUUGGUAUUUAGCCUAGGGCUGAUGACUGUGUGGAUACCUUGUUGGCAUUGAGCCUAGGGUCAUAGGGCUGCGUGGAUACCUUGUUUACAUUGAGCCUAUGGUAGUAGGGCUGCGUGGAUACCUUGUUGGCAUUGAGCCUAGGUUAGUAGGGCUGCGUGGAUACCUUGUUGGUAUUUAGCCUAGGGCUGAUGACUGUGUGGGUUCUGCCUCCAAUUGAGUAUAUUUUGGGUAGUGUAACUUUUAUUUCAACUAAUGUUACUGUAACGGAUGUGAAAUGGCUAGCUAGAUUAAAGUUAUACUGUUACAUUAACAACUUCAUUAAAACAUGUUUUCUCAUCUGUACAACAAAUACAUGACUAUAGUACGUCAUUUAGGA